AUGCCCGCCGAAAGCUCACUGCCGCCUGGGAGCAUGGGGGCGGUCGACUGCGUCCACUCAGCGUUCGUCUCGUCUUCCCGCGGGUCCGUGUUUCCCGCCCCGUCGCUUCUUGUUCACGCUGCCAGGCGCAAGACACUCCAGGCUCGGUCUGUCCAGUCCGCAGACGGGGGCCUGAUCCGUUUGGUCUUCCUGCUCCCCCCUCUGCACUUCUGCCUCUCUGCUCUCGCUUCCACUCCUCUUUUCUGUUCGUCCUGCUUCCUCCUCCAUGCUCCGACUGCCAAGCUAGGGGCCACUUGUCGAUGGCCAGUCGUGCCGCCCAGGAGUUGGCGGUGGCGCGUUGUCGACCCCACCGAGCGGAUCUCUCGGCGCUCCCCUGCCCCUCUCCCCUCGCCUUUUCUCCCCUCCCCGCAGGAGGGUGAGAGGCAGGGGGGCAAGAUCGAGGGCGGGAUGCGGGGCGCCGCGCCCUGGCCCACAGAGGGGGGGGGCAAAUCAGAGGAGGGUUUUGAAAACGAGCUAGCUGCUGAGCUCGCGCAGGGCGCGGGCAAGUUCAGGCCCGCCACGCGGAAAGAAUACCUCUUCAGCGCGCACGAGUGCGAGGGCUGUGGCAUGGCGACCUCCGUCGUUGGAUGCUGCGCGCUGGUGUGCCCCGCUCCACGCCUGGCGCACACGCUCCACAGCGCCGGCAAGAUGAACUACUGGUUGGGGCUGGUCCUGGGCACCUUCCUGCAG